UUUGUCUGGCGCCUUCAAAUUGCGCAGUACAGAGACGACGGAUAGCUUGCGCUCAUGGCUGACGGUCCUCCUUCGCAGGGCAAACAAAAGCGGCGAGCAGUUUGCAAGGAUUCGGCCGCGAGAGCGCCAGAGAAAUCGAAAUCGAAACAAAUUCGAGAUCGACAGCCGCACGACGCUCACACUCACGGCGAAUCUCACGCUCAACAAAGUGGCGACGUAAAUUCACACGCAGGUGAGAAGAAAAGGAAGAAAAAACAAGCAAAAUCAUCAGCCGCACCCAACACCGGGAGGUCACGUGAGGUGCAUGAAGAGGUUGCAUGUGCAGCAGACGGGUCAGUGAGCAGAGUAGAACGAGAAGCGGACAGAUUUAAGGGUCGGAAAGGACACGAUGUACGAUCGGACGAAAAACGAGAUGCAAAACAGGAUGUCUCGAACUUGGGUGUGAGUAGGGCGAUGCAAUUCCGGAAGUUGAGUGAAACACCUUUGAGAGGUGAGAAGCAGCAGGCCAGGAGAGGAAAGGAUGCGAGGAUAAGAUCAAGCCAAGUGUCAAAGAGACAGGAAAGCGAGGGUCGGUAUUGUGGAAGAGGCACAGGUGAGGAAGAGAGCGGAAAACAGAGACGGGAGGUUACAGAGAGCGAUCUGGCGGAGCGAGAGUUUAUAUUGCGUAUUCCGGAUGAUUCGAGAUCUAUGAAGUUUCCUGAUGACGAGUUCUAUUGUCGAGCUUGUAACGUGCACUUGCGGACUAUUGGAUCAGCAAGACAUCACAUCCUAAUAAACAAACACAGAAACAAUGCUAGAUCAAGAGCAGAAAUCCUUGCUCUCAAGGAUCUACCCAAUCCAACCAAAGCUCAUCUACAAUCUCUAACACGUCUGCUGACUCAAGUCUAUCAUGAGUGUGGCCUCUAUAGCACAGACGACGUAGCAACGCGACAAACUGUUUACGAACAGUUUGCCACCAUAACAAAGCACGCUAAUCCUGGCAAGCAAUCAGUCUCUUUAAAUACAUCUAAUCUCUAUCUCAAAUGGUGUUUCUUAGAUUUUCAAGUGAGACUCUAUGGUUCGUCAGUGAACGGAUUUGGCAUGAGAGACAGCGACGUGAAUAUGUUCGCACAGAUAGCGAAAGACAGUCUAGACGAUAUCCCUACUGUUCUCAAAGAGAUCUUGCUUGUAAUCGAGGAUCAUACCGAUUUGUAUGGUGAUAUUCAAGCGAAGUUUGAUCAGCCGUUUCCGGUUAUUACGUUUGUGCAUCGUCAGAGCUGUUUAUUGUGCGAGGUCUGUGCAGGGCACGAGAGAAAGUCAAUUCUCACUGCCACUCUACUGCAUCACUAUGCCUGUCUCGAUGAUCGAGCAGCCAUUCUGGGUGUUUGUUUAAGGAAAUGGGGCCAGUUUUGUCAUCUUGACAAUCCAGCUCUUGGAACCCUUCCAGCUGUGGCAUUUCCAUUGAUUGUCAUUUACUAUCUACAACAAGUCGAGCCGCCAGUGUUGCCGGUCUUACAGGAGAGUACAAACAAGACAGAAGUGGCAUGUUUAACUGAAGUCAGAGUGGACAUUGAUGGUGAUGAUGGAAACGGAGACGAAAAAGGAAACGAUGAAGAGGAGGAGGAAGUGGAAGAAAUAAAUGAUAACCUAACGAUAGAUGACAUUCAGGCAUUGAAACCGGAAGACUGGAAGUCUGAGAACAAGGAAUGUGUGGGCAGUCUGUGGCUGAAAAUGCUGAAGUUUUAUGUUGUUGAUAACGACAUAGAACAGAUGCUUGUUUGCAUUAGCAAACGAGGAGUAGUUCCUAGAAAAUCUUUUGGAAUGCCACAUCGACGGUUAGCAAUUCUAGAGCCAUUGAUACCCAAAAAGAACGUAGCAAGUGGCCUAAACAGUCAGGCUGUAUUUAAUUUCUUCAUGGUGAGACUCCGACAGUGUCUUCUCUACUUCAACAAUGUAUCAGAUAAGACGAAAGAUGCUAAGUCGAGGACAACAACGUUAGUUGCUUCUUGUAAAGAUGAUGACAGCAAGCUCGAUCUGUUCGUCAGUCAAGUUGUGGAUAAUGCAAUCCAGGCAGCUCUGAAAUCCCUCGGUGACCCAUCUACUAUCAUAAUUCAAACAACAGAAACAGACGGCUCGUCAUGGAAUGCAAAAGACGUGUCAGUGUCUUUGAAGUUUAAUGCUUUGGUUCUGUAUGAUAAAAACAGGCCAUUGCCCGAGUGGUGCUGCUUGUGCAAACAGGAUGGCCACGUGUCAGUGAAUUGUACUGACGAGAGUUUUCCUAAACUCGACUCGUUACCAGAGUUGACAAAGCAGUCGAGAACAUUGCUGGACCGUGUGUGCUUAGAUGUGAAACGUGAUUUGGCUGCAACGAAGAAGGAGGAAGCAGAAAGAAGCUCCGUAUUGCAACAAAUACAUAGAUUUGUUCAACAGGCGUAUCCAGGUUGUGAUCUUACUCUGUUUGGUUCAUCUGAGAAUGGGUUUGGAUUUCGCAACAGUGACAUGGACAUCUGUUUGACUCAUCCAGAAAAGACUUUAGAUGCAGUUGAAGUGGUCACUAAGUUAGCAAAACGAAUGAAAGCCGCAGAUGGCGAAUAUCAACAAGUGAAGGCUAUUUCGUCUGCCAAAGUUCCCAUAGUGAAAUUUGUUCAUGUUGCAAGUCGUAUGGAAGGUGACAUAUCGUUGGACAACAUUUUGGCACAACGGAAUACUCGGAUGUUGCGGUUCUACUCUGAGCUUGAUGAUCGAGUAAAAACCCUAGGAUAUGUGAUCAAAUGUUUUGCAAAGAUUGCUGACAUUGGUGAUGCAGCUCGAGGAAGCCUCUCGUCGUAUGCGUAUAUUCUAAUGCUGAUUUAUUAUCUACAGCACACGAGUCCUCCCGUCAUUCCCUGUUUACAAGAGAUUUAUGAGGGAGAGGAGCCGUAUGAUGAAUGCGAAGGCUGGAACUGCUACUACUGCUCUGAUAAAUCGAUGAUCAAACGGCGAUGGGGAGAAACAGAAAACAGACAGACUGAAGGAGAGUUAUGGCUGGGGUUGAUCAGGUUUUACACGGAGAAAUUUGACUUUAGCAAGCAGGUUGUUUGUCCUCGACGGUUGGAACCACUUACAAAGUUUGACAAAUCUUGGACUGGAAGACCAAUGGCUAUUGAAGAUCCUUUCAAGCUGAGUCACAACUUGGCAUCUGGUGUGGGAAGAAAAAUGAAGAAAUUUAUCAUCGAAUGCUUUAUGUUAGCAAGACUUAAGUUUGGAUUACCAAAUCACAUUAACGGACCCAACCUUGCUGCCAUUUACUUCGACCGGCGUGCUAUAACACCACGUUAUCUUGCUCCAAGUGAUGGAAGCUGCAGGAAUUGCGGAGAGUUUGGCCACUUUGCUAAAGACUGUCACAACCAAGGUGGCAAGUCUAAAGGGAUGGGGAUGCUACGACAUGCAGUGAAAUAUGAACACCUCCAAAGACAAUGUGCGUCAUCUUUCUCAAAUCAUUAUUCUCUUCGAGAUAGCCAGACAAUGAAGCCUCGCAAGGCGGCACUAACAACAGUCACUCAUCUUCCUGCACAGUCGCCCUCAGUCUUAAUGCAACAACAACAACAACAACAACAACAACAACAACAACAGCAACAUCAACAUCAUCAUCAUCAACAACAGCAACAUCAACAUCAUCAUCAUCAACAACAGCAACAUCAUUAUCAACAACAACAACAACAAGAACAACAACAAGCUAUUGCUCGGGCAGAUACUUCUAAGUUGUUUCUUCAACAGCCUUUGUCUUUUAAUUCACAGACAGUUGCGUCAACUAUUGCACAACAGCCCGUUUCUCUUGCUAGUCAUCAUCCUGUCGCAUCCAGCCACGCUCCACACGUUCCCUUUCCCACACGUCAAACCCAACAGAUGGCGAGUCGUCCACAUUUGUUAGGCAUUUCACAGCAAGCAGUGCCAUCCCAACCAUCAGGUUGUGUUACACCAAUGACUGCUACAACCCAAACUGUGGGUAUGCCAGCCACUUGUAUGUUACCACAACAACAGCAGCCAGUGAUGGUUAGUCGGCUUGCUCAACAUCAGCAAGCGUGCACGGCUUCCGGUUCUCCACAAGCAUCUGGUCGUAUUUUAUCCCACCAACCCGGUAAUCCCCUACCUGGCUUACCCACAGCAGCACCACUAGUGACUGAUAGUAAUGCACAACACCGCCACUUCAUUGAUUUUAAUUACUGGAUUGCGUCUUAUGAGCAAAAGCUUGUGGCUUUGCAAGUUGAAGAGAAUCGGUUAACACAAAUGCAUGGAGAUCCACAACAGGAGUACUAUUUGCAAUUUAUUCGUUCUUGGCAGGAGUACUGGAAGCGAUGCAUCAGUUCGUGUCACCAGGAAAUUCAGUUGCUGCAAGCUCGACGCAACGGCUCUAAUCCUGGAUCCCCUGUUCACGUUGGACUCCCGAGACUACCUAGCACAGAAUUUGGUCAGAAACAGUAGCACAUUAUGUUGCCCAGUAGUCGUACGCGAUUUUAAACAUUCCAGUGAAAACAAUGUAACAGUAUGUUAGAGUAGGUGGCAUAGUGUCUUGACACUGGAUCAUUUAUUUCUGUCAUUUUACAAGCUGAUGCAAAAAUAGUCAAAUCUAUUGAACGUUUAAA